GCAUGCAAUUCCCCAAGGGUGAAGAGGCGGUGCCACAGUGUUGCUAUGCGAGCCUAGAGAAAAAUCUCUAAGACGGUUUUACGUGGGUGCUGCGAAAAUGUGCAUUCUCAUCAAGCCAUAGCAGUGCCAGUGAGCGGUGUCAAUGAGAGGAGACAACGUCGUUAUCAUUCAUAUUCCCUCACAUUUUUUGGCUUCUUCCCUCUCUCUCUCUCUCUAUCGCUCUUGCUCUCAUGGCGUCCUAGAGUUCACUGGCUAGCCUAUCCAUUUGUCAAAACACUUCCAGCAAAUGCUGCUCGCUUAUUUUGUUCACUUAGUUUUUCUUUUAGAUUUCUAUUGAACGUUUUGAUGUUUUGUUUAACUAUGUUUAAGAAUCAGCUGACAACUCGGACCACGCCGAAGAUGUCAAUGUAUCUGAGCUACUACCACUGGAAUUUAAGGAGUUACAGCCUCGUUACCUGCUAUAUCCUAGCCAAAUCUCGCUUGCUGACUACCCUUGGAGUGCCUUUGUUCGAUUUUUCAGACGGCGGUGCGGUCAUCACAAAAACAAAAACAAAAACAAAUAAUAACCAGCUAAGAAGUCGGACCACUCCGAUGACGUCAAGUCACAGAGUUCACCGGCCGGCGAAGCAGUUUCUCAAAAGACUUCAGACCCAGUUGAGAAGUCGGACCACUCCGACGACGUCAAGUCACAGAGUUCAUCGGCCGGCGAAGCAGUUUCUCAAAACACUUCAAGCCGGCCGUGGAGAGGAUGCUCACUACUAGGUGGCUGGGCACCGAAAUAAUGAUUAAGCUAGUGCAGAAGGUUUUUACAAGGUCAGGAUUUCGAAUCGAGCACAUGACUUCAAUCGAGCCCGGUCUGGGUUAUGUUUUGUUUCAAAGUGAUUUUGCUAUUGCAAAUCUAAUGUUUGGGAAAAGCAAGAUGGAGUAUACUCUAGGGGAUGAGAACGGCAACUCAAUUCAACUGGGAAUCCCUGAGAAUCUCUUUCUGAACUUCGAUUCAGCUAUUCCUUACCCCUUCAUAGUCAACGAUGUGAAAGCCCACUUCGAAAGAGAGAAGUUCAAUGUUCUGGGCGUGCAAUUUCGCAGGGCUGAAGAGGCGGUGCCACGUUCUUGCCAUGUUAGCCUAGAGAGAAGCCCAGGUUUUGGUUGCAGCUGCACCUGGUGUUCCAAGCCUUCCACUAAUGUAAUUCUGUAUGGCAAAGAGUUUGAAUUCAAGUCAACCCUUCGCAUUCCUCUGCAAUGGUGGCCACUGCAACAACGCUUGGCCUUGAAAGAUUUAUACUCUGCAAGUUGAGAGGCUGCAUAGUAUCUCUCUGUUCCAUCUUAGUCAUCAGGAAAGGAGAUGCUUCAGAAUACUAAGCAAGAACAGAUACAUUACGGGUAGAAGACAUUUUAAUAAGAGGACUCAAUUGGAGCAAACUUCUUGAUCCUAAUAAGAAGGGCCAGUGUGGUUAUCUGGGGAUAUUGCUUCAACAGUAGACAAUGUCGAAGAGGUUGCCAACACAUGGACAAAGAAGUUCUUGAAGCCCAGAAAACUUUUGCAACUCGCUGCUGCACAGAGAAUGAACACAGAUGCUAGAAAGGCAAUGUUUUGUAUAAUUAUGAGCGGGGAGGAUUACAUUGAUGCAUUUGAGAAGCUUUUGGGAUUGGAUUUACAUGGAAAGCAGGACAGAGAAACAAUGCAAGUUCUUGUGGAGUGCUGUUUGGAGGAGAAACUGUUUAACAAGUAUUACACGAUUCUGGCUUCCAAAUAGUGCGAGCAUGACAAAAAUCACAAGUUCACAUACGGGUAUUAACGGUGAACUUGCUAUGCAUGCCUUGCGGUCCAUCUGUACCUGGGUCACACAUUUCAUUGCCUCUACUAUUGUUUUUUUUUUUUUGCUCAAAUUC